AUGGAUUUGUUCCAGCUUCGAGUGUUCCCUUUUUAUGAUGACACCUCUGAAUGGGAUGAUUUUGGAGAAGUCAUUAAUCCACAUGAUUAUGUGAUCAAGGAUGAAGAUAUGGACAUGGGAUCUAUGGCUGCACUGCUGGCUAGUUUGAUGCUUGACACAACCCCAUCAAAAGUUGUAUCUUCUGAAGUUACUGUCCAAGUGAAAUAUUGUUUGGUUUACAUGGAUUUUGAAGGACGUUCUGAUGGUCGCUCCAUGAAAUCAAUUCUUGAAACUUGUUUUGGUACAUGGAUCAGCUGA